CAGUCGAGCGGAGCCUGUGUGACUCUCCGACUGCAUGAGUCCGAUGUCAGUGGUAUGUGAUCAAUGUUCUAGAUCAAAUCUUGGCAUUGAAAGUCAUCAUACCUGACUGGUAUCUGAUGCAGCUUGUGCACGAUCCUCACCACUGACUCGUCCCUCUGUGCGUCACUAAGUGUGUGUCUGUGUGUGUGUGUUUGAAUGUGUCUGCCAACACUUGAUCUGUUUCAUUUACAGUUUGAUGGCCUCAGGAGGAACAGCAUGGGCGUGUACAGGAAGAACUAUUUCUCCAUGGCUAUUGCCUCUACCUCUCUGGCUAUCCCAUGUGUCCUGUCGUGCUCAGACUCCAGCACCAGCAACGGGACGGCUCACGCCGCUCCGCCGCUCAGCCCCGUCGAAGUGGACAAGGCCGCCGCCACCAUCCAGACCCAUUUCAGGAAGUUCCAACAGAAGAAGCACAAGAACGGCAAGUAGAUGGACAGAGAGGGAUGGUGGUGCAGGGGCGACAAGCCCGAGAGGAAGCAGGUGGGGACUUUUGUCGAUUCACCAAACGAGGGAUGAACUCUGAGAUGAUAUGCACAAGUGCACACAAACACACAACCUGUACAAACAUUCAAACUGUAUGACAAACAUUUAGCAGAGGUCCUGGAUUAGUGAAAGAGAAUAAACACUAACAUACAGUCAUAGCCUACAUCUCAAACUGCUGCUUGUAAAACCCAAUGUAAAAGUCUAUGUGAACUAUUAUAUACAGCGUAUGAAUAAACUCUACAUCUGAAUGGAUGUCAGUUUUGAUGUGCUGCGAAAAAAAGAGUGACUGUGAGAGCGACUGUGAUUAUGAUUUAAUUUAUAUUUGAACUGUGUUUUGAGUAAAUCAAUAUUGAGAAAAAAUAAUGGAUUGUGGAACUUUCAAAAACAUUAAACAUUAUAUUGAGUAAAA